UAAAUAUCAUAUACUUUACAUAAUACCUAAACUAGUUUUAUACAUUUUAACAUAGGUAUAUAGAAUAUCAAAGAGCUAGCAUAAUAAUAUUAAAGUUUAAGAUUUGCUAAAAAUAUUAUAACAUAGUUUUCGUUCGUUACUUUUAACAUCGUCAUGCCGCAACAUAAACGCAAUCGGCUCAGCUGUUUGGGAACUGUCAAAGUAAAAUCACAACAAAUCAUGUUCCGGCAAAGUUUCAUUUGAUCCAAAUAAUAAAUAGAAUCAAAUAUGAGGGAGCAUUUCAUUUAAUAAUUGAUGACUUUAUUUAAUUAAUAUGAAUCUAUUUAGACUAAGAAUAAGUUAAGUUCAAUAAAGCUACAAAAUGUCUGAUAUUGUGCCAGAAAUUGUUGAGGAUUUUUUCGGCGUUUAUUUAUUAUAUUGUAUUAACCCUAGAUAUAAAGGGCGUACAUAUAUAGGGUAUACUAGAGACCCAAACAGACGGAUUAUGCAGCACAACCGUGGCACCUGGGCUGGCGGCGCCCAUAGGACCAACAACAAGGGGCCUUGGAAAAUGGUGAUGAUUGUGCAUGGAUUCCCAAAUAAUAUAUCUGCAUUAAGAUUUGAAUGGGCCUGGCAGAAUCCAACAAAGACAAUUAGACUUCAGCAUUUAAAUUUAAAGAAGGUACCAAGAAAGGAGUCUGAAUUUAAGUUUAAACUAAGAGUUUUAAGUGAGAUGCUCCGUGUGGGGCCCUGGUUCAGACUGCCUUUGAUCAUAAGGUGGCUAGAAACUGAAUAUAUCGAAGAAUUUCCUCCUGAAAGAAAACCACCAGACCACAUGACUAUAGUUCAAGGACCUGUAAAGAGCAGAAAUCUAAAACGGAAGCUUUUAAAUACAACAUUUACAGAAGAAUGCCUAUUAUGUUCAAACUACAUCAAUAUUGGCCAAGCAAAGACCACCUGUUUGAAUCCCAGUUGUGAACUUUUGGCACACAUAACUUGCUUGGCCGACCUAUUCUUGGUACCAGGGGAAUAUGUGCCAAUAGAAGGUAAUUGUCCGUUUUGCUCCACAAAGUUAAAAUGGGGAGAUAUAAUAAGGAAAAUGAAGGGUUGUGCUCAGCCCGGAGAAGAAGUUAUUGGAGAAGAAUGUGCUGAGGAAGAAUGUCUUGAAGAAGAAUGUAUAACUGAAGAAGAUAAGGCUGAUGAAUAUCCGUCAUGGUUUCUUGAUUGUAAUGAUGAUUUGUGACAAAUAAUAUCGUUUUCAUAUAUUUGUUGAUUUUUAUACAGAACGUUAGAACUGGUAAAA